CAGCAGGCCAGUUUAUGCUUUAGAGCGCAACCUACUAGAUUAUUGUCGUAAAUCGCAGAUUAAUUUCGAGCUUAUAUACUCUCUUCGAUUUAUUUAUUUAUACAUUUUUUUUGGAAUUGUACUUUGUAAUUCGUCCGAAAAUGAACGGUUUCGAAUUGAUUUUCGGUGUAUUGGUGAUGGUAGCGGCCGCCAAUUCGUCCGCCAUACCGAUGUGGGAAUAUCUCAGCAAGCAGGAGAAAAUGUCCUUUUUAUAUUCGGUAUUCGCCAAGCAAGUGGAGCAUUUCUGCGAGGAAUCCUCGCUGGACAAUUGCAACCGACAGCUCCUCAAAUAUGGGCUUGAUAAAUUGAAAAACUUACCCGAAGAAUAUUUGGACUCUAUGGAUCCCUAUCAACGAGGCGCCAACCAAUUUAUAUGGGACACAAUGAUGGCCGGUCAUCCUUCGGCCGGCGCGAUUCCCGCGGCCCGUUCAACGACCACAGCGAAACCCAACAGCUACGAAGACGACAGAUUCGACGACUUCGAAUUCGGCUCCACCGGCUCGGCUUCCGCCAAAAUCGACAACGUCGCAAUCCUGCCGGCCACCAGGAACAUCCUCGAGCAGUACGGCGUCAAACCGCGACCUUGGAAGGUCGCCGGCUACUCCAACGGCGCCUACGGAAAAUUCCAGCGACACUACCCGGCGCCCGUCGAUCCCAUGGAGGAGGAAUCCUACCCGGAGGCCCCACUCACCGGCCCCAUGGUAGUUCGGGUGCACAUGGACGGAACGCCCGUCGAAACGAACGCACCUCUGCCACAGGACGAGGAUUUAAGGCAGUAUCAAAUGUCACAAGUCAGAAUACCGAACUUCUGAAGCAGACUGUCAAAUGACAUAACCUCAAUAUGUCAUUUUAAUAACCUCUUGGUAAAGGUAUUAUAGAAAAAAUACCGACCUCUUGUUAAUUGUGAUAUGUAUGUAAUGUAAAUAAUUUAUUAUCGGAAUGCGUGAAUGUUAAUAUUAUUUAUUCGAGUAUGUAAUUUAUUUUAGAAUUGUAAAUAGUUAUUAUACGUCGUUGAUCACAAUCGCUGUGAUUGUAGCUAAGUGUCCAGCUUGUUCUGUGAUUUUUUUACACUUUUGUAAGUAGCUUUUAAAUAAAAAAAC